AUGGAUGAUAGUUUCUGUGAGUUUUUUGAAGAACCUGAAUUCGGAGAAACCAACCUUGCAGGCGGAGAUGACCUCUCUGCUAUAUUUGAGAGUUUAGAUGGUCCCCCUGAAUUUCCACCCUUCAUUCCAUUGGAAGAAAAGGCCGCUGCUAGCAGCCAAAAAGGUGAAGAAACUACGAGGUUGGUGUCCAAGGAGUCAGAGACUGAGCCUGAUUACGAAACUUCACCCAAAAGCAAUAGGCAGAAGCUAGCUUCUUCAGAGGAAACAAACCCAGAUGGGCAACAAAGACUGUCUCAUAUAACGGUUGAACGCAACAGGAGGAAGCAAAUGAAUGAGCAUUUAUCGGUGUUGAGAUCGUUGAUGCCUUCCUUCUAUGUGAAAAGAGGAGAUCAAGCAUCGAUUAUUGGGGGAGUUGUGGAUUACGUCAAUGAGCUGCAACAAGUUCUACAAUCGCUUGAGGCCAAGAAACAAAGAAAAGUUUACAGUGAAGUGUUAAGCCCUCGGAUAGUUUUAAGUCCAAGACCCACGCUUCUCAGCCCUAGAAAACCACCUCUAAGUCCAAGACUAAACUUGCCAAUAAGCCCAAGAACCCCUCAACCUGGUAGCCCUUACAAGCCAAGGUUGCAGCAAGGUUAUCUCUAUCCAACCAUGAUUAUUAGUUCGCUCGAACCAUCUCCUACUUCUUCCACUUCCUCCAUGGACAACGUUAACGAGCUCGUUGCAAACUCAAGGUCUCCGAUUGCCGAUGUGGAAGUGAAGUUUUCAGGCCGAAAUCUUCUUUUAAAGACGGUAUCUCCUCGGAUUCCUGGUCAGGCAGUGAAAAUAAUCUCUGCGCUUGAGGACCUCUCACUUGAAAUUCUCCAUGUCAACGUUAGCACUGUUGAUGAAACAAUGCUUAAUUCCUUCACCAUCAAGAUUGGAAUUGAAUGCCAACUGAGUGCAGAAGAACUCGCUCACCAAAUCCUGCAAACAUUCUGCUAA